AUGGAUGAGGCCAGGGGCCCCCCAAGGGGCCCCCAAACAGGUGGGCAGUCCCUAACGGGGUCUUCCUUUUCGAAGCUUACACGCCUGGUGACGCGUCAGAGCGCAAAGAUAACAGACAAGAUCGCCAAAGCCGCGUCUAACGACGCUCUCCAUGGAGCUGCAGUGUCUGCCACUGCACUGCAGCAACGCGGCUUCCCUUAUAGCAGCAGCACGUCUUUCGACGCCUCGGAAUAUCCUUCCUCUUUCGACGAAUCCCUCCAAAGGAUGCCCCCUCACCUCCUGCCCCCCCCUCCCCCACCUAUCCCGCCUCCCCCCCCGCUCCCUGCAGAACUGCUGAGUGCCACUCGCGCUGGUGCGCAUUUGACGGAGGCAAUAUCUCGCGGCAAUUUUGGAGGGGCACAUAAGGCUCCCUUCCCGCCUUCUGCGAAGACCGAAGACGCCCCCUUGUACCCCUCCCUGCCCACGGAUUUGCCUGGGAGCUAUGCCUCGUUACAGCAACCCUGCGUUACAGCGGCUGCUGCUGCUAUUCGUCAAACGGUGGAGGAUAGCUCCACGCCUGCUGCUGCAGCGCCUGCUGCUGCAGCGCCUUACGAUCCUUCAGCGCCUUACGAUCCUUACGACGCGUGGCAGACGCAGCUGCAAGGGCGAUCCCAGCAGCAGGAGUGUCGGCAGUCCUUCUGCCUGAAAAAUCCACUGGAUGCGCCUCCACAGCGAGCUAGGCCUCUCACGGAUGCUCCUCCACGUUCAAUCGAAUCGCGAAGCCUCAUGGAGCACCAGCAGCAGCAAGAGAAGCACCACCAGCACCACCAGCAACAGCAGCACCAGCAGCACCAGCAGCAACAGCACGAAGUGCGUCAGCGUGAGGACGUGGAGGAUCAAAAGAAUCGUCUUACAGGAGGUUUUAAGACUUACACAGCUCGCACUGGCGCUGCGAUGGAGGCCCAUGGGGAGCAUGUUCCCGAAGAAGAAGACCUCGUCGGGAACGAGCACCUGCAGCAAACGCCCCUCGAGCACCAGGCUAGCCUGCUGGGUGCUAUGGGGGCGGCACUUGGGCGUGUUGUCGACAGAUUCAUCAAGCCUCUUGACGGGAAAAGGCCUCUUGGUGCGCCCUGGCGUGAUGCGUCUUCUGAAGUUUCCUCGGAAGAAAGCCGCAGCCACAGUGAGGAGGAGGAGGAAGCAGCGAGUGCGGGGUACAGCGAAGCUGGGGGAGCCAGUUCGCCGAUGUCGAGGCAACGGCCGUCCCACCGAGGAAAGACAAGGCACUGCAAGGAAAAGGAACCCUCAGAAGAAGAGGAGCCUCGGAGCGGAGCUGCCGUAGUUCUUUCAAACUUGGGGGAGACUGCCAGGGCGCUGCUGCAAGUUGCCGCUGCAGCGCCUGUUGCUGCAGCAGCAGCAGCUGCUGCUGCGGUAGAGGCAGCAGCUGCAGCGGGAGAAGGCAGCGAAGGGGAGGACGACGCGCUCUACUUGCGAAAUGCCGAGGCAACAGCUGCAAAGCGGCAGGCAGCUGCAGCAUCGGCGGAAGUUGCCUUAAACAAAUCGGGAGAAGCAGUGGAAGAAGAAGGCUCUCCAGACGCCUCUGGGAACGGUCUGUCCGUUGCUUCCGCAUCGGGCUCAUCCCCGCUCGCCGAAGGGGGGAACCCCCUCGCUCUCCGCCAUCGUCAGGAAGAAUUGUUUAAGGAGUGGAGGCCGUUCGGUUGUCUCUGGAGAGAAAUGCUCAAGGAAGACUGCUGCGUAGAACCCGUGCAGUCUCUUCAAGCCUUGUACGACGCUUUCGCCACUUCCACACCCGAAGAGGGCAUGAAGCGGAGCGAGUUUCUGAAUCUUUUCAAGGCUUUUCCACGGUGCCUCCCGCAGCGCGAACACCAAGACUUCCUGUUCGACGCUAUCGACAGGAAGCAGAAUGGCACACUCCCUUUCAAAGAUUUUCGAUGGGGAAUUUAUUGUUGCGGUCCGUCUGUACAACAGGACCUCACCAAGGCCAGAGGUCGCUUGCGUCUGCAGCUCUUGUACCGCGCUUACGAUGUCGAUAAUGACGGCCUUUUGAAUCGCGAGGAGUUGCAGUGUCUCCUUUGCCACCUCCACGCUGUUAGCACGCAUCCUGCGGAUCGCGCCCUCUCGGAGGAACAAGCCAAAGCAAGAGCAGCCGUAAGGCGAUAG